AUGAAAUUUACAAACAUCUUUGGUGUGUUAGUCACACUCAUCGUAAUCCUUUUUGUUGCUGUGCCAGUAAAUGCAUGCGAAGAACCAUGCCGAGUUGGAGUUUCAAAAGCCUUCGUCGAUAACUGGAAAACCGAAAUUUUACCCAUCUUCAAAAUUUUUUCAGUAAAUUCCACUUUCGAUUUAUAUAAUAAUACAUUGUUAAAUAAUGUAACCACAGAUGUAAAACUUCUUGGUAAAGUCCUAAGCGAUAUAUAUGAACACACACAACAGAGUAUUUCUGGUUUAUCCGAUAUCUUUAUUCCAACACUUCCCGCAAUUAUUGAAGACGCUAUCUUUAAUGUAGAACCCAGAUUCAAGGGUGACUGUAAUAAUCCUAAACGCGUCACCCAACCUCAACCAGGUGUCAACUGGACGUUACAGGACUGUGCAAAUAUGGAUUACAUUUGCGGUAAUCCUCCAUCGAUAUGCCAUUUUCUAGAUGUCGCAAAGAAUAAAAGUAAAAAUGCCAUUGUGAAUGCUCUGACCACACUUUCCUCAGCGACUGGAACUUUUCUUACAACAGUUGUUGAUGAAGUUAAAGCCGUUGCUAGUGGAAAUGGGCUUCCCUCCAGUGGUACAGAUUAUCUUGUCACAAUGGUCACUACCAAUCUACAACAUUGGUUUAAUAUAUUACCGGCUACGUUUGAAUCUGCAUUUUGUCCUAAUAGUUGUCCUCAAUAUGACCAAGACAUAAAGUUAUUAUUACUAUCAUACCCUUAA